ACUUCCCAUAUCUCGGUUUCUACAAGUCUCAGAUUAAUGUCAGUUUGUUUAGAUAUUCCAUCUUCUUCAUUUACUACUUCUCAAUUCAAUAACAGCGAAUCUAACAGCAAUAUCUCAAUGGAAUCUGAAUCUUCACCAUUAUUAUCACCAAGUCUUUCUGCUUCAUCAGAGAAAGAAGACUAUUGGAGCACACUUCGAAACCGAGUGGAUACCCUUCUUGAGAAUCGACAAUCAAUUAAUCAAAACUCAGUAGUUUCAUCGACAAGAGAUGAAGAUACUUUGCUUCUUCUGCGAGGAUUUGAUUCGAUUUCUUCCUCAUUGGUUCAACUUAAAGGCAAUUUGCACAAGGCAAUUGAGGGAGCAAGAGAUCUAUCAAAACCUUCGCUAACUGAAAUAUUGCAAAAAAAUGAUGCUGAAGGUGAAGGAGAGGACAAGAAAAUGUUGAAAAAGAGAAGGCAUGAUGAGUCUGAUGAACAGUCCAUUGAAAAUCAGGGAGGAGAUGUCGAAGUGGAUGCGAAUUUGAAGAAUGGGAAGCUCAAGAAAGCUAAAAAUCUGGCGAUCUCAAUGGCAGCAAAUGCAGCUACACUUGCUAGAGAAUUGAAGUCGAUACGAUCAGAUUUAUCAUUUAUGCAUGAGAGAUGUGAUAUGCUCGAGGAUGAGAACAUGAGACUUCGCAAUGGGUCUCACAAGGGUGGUGAAGAAGAUGAUCUGGUGAGACUUCAAUUGGAAGCAUUACUUGCAGAGAAAUCACGAUUAGCGACUGAGAAUGCGAACUUAAUACGAGAGAAUCAGUGUCUUCACCAGCUUGUGGAAUACCAUCAACUUACCUGCUCUUCAGAAGAUAUUGAUCAGACUUAUGAACAAGUUGUUCGCGGAAUGUGCUUGGAUUUUGAUUCUGCUUCUGCUUCUUCAGAUGAUGAUGACAUUAAUUGCCUUGAUCAGUGCUAUGAAGAAGACAAGUAGUAUUAGCUGCUAGUACUGGAUGAAUACCAUCAGUCUUGUAAUUCAAUUCAGUUUACAGUUUCUGAUUUCAAUUUAUUUAAAUGUAAUUCGUUGAGAUAUAUUUUGUCUCUAAUUCAUAAGAUUGUUUUAAAAAAAUAAUUGAAUGCUUUAAAUCCUAA